UGUCAUUAAUUGGUUAGCAUUCGACGAAUUUCAGAUUACAUUGUUGAAGGUAUUCUUGAUUGUCUUAUGUGCAAAUACAGUUCUAAUUUAUAUAUUUUGGAAAUGUUAUGGUGAGAGGAUAUCGGAGAAAUUCGUGAGGCCAGUAACGUCAAAGGCUAUUGAAGACUUGAAAAGGAGUGUGUCUUCGUUGAAGCUUCCCAAAGAACAUUCUCCUACAGUUUAAGCAAUCAAAUUUCCAAAGAAUAUAUACAAGCACUAUGGCAGAUAAAAUAAAGAAGUAUUUCCAGAAAAAGAAGGCAGAUGCAAAAUUUAAGUUAGCAGGGCCGGGACGCAAACUGGCUGAUGAGAAUACUUCUCAGUACAGAAUUAAUUCAGGUAGUUCCUAUACUGCUGUUUCACGUACAGCACCAUCAACAGAGUCCAGACAAGCAGCUGCAGCUGCUCUUGCACGCCUAGGUGGACAAAAGCAGGAUCAUGCAGGUUUCAAUACUUCUCUUGCUGCUAUUCAAGCUCAGGUACGAAGGGAACUUGAAGCAGAGAAGAAAGCAGCAGCUUUAGCAUCAGUCAAGGAAACUUCGCUUCCAGAUUAUCAAUCAGGACAGCAGGAUGAAUUGUCUUCACCAUAUUUAGCUGUUACUGGGGUGUUCUUCCGAUGUCCAAUGAUUGGUCCAGCUAUAUUGACCAAAGAAGAAUGGAAAAAGAAGAUUAAAGAGUUUCUUUAUGAGCAGCUGGAAGAGGAACGUGGACUUACAGCAUGUCUCAUCAUCCACACUUUUAAUAAGAAUAAAGAAAAGGUUGCAGGUUGUGUGGACACAUUGUGCAAGUACUUGGAAAACAUAAUCCAGAACCCGACAGAAGAGAAGUUCCGCAAGAUUCGCCUGUCAAAUAGGGUAUAUCAAGAAAAGGUUGCUUCCGUGGAAGGCACGCAGGACUUGCUUCUUGCUGCUGGGUUUAAAGUUGUGAAGUUGCCAUUUCAGGAUGGAGAGGAAGACUUCUGGGUGUUUUCAGAAGAAAAUCUGGAUAGUAAUGAAACACUGCAAAUUUUAUAUGAUGCACUAGAAAGUGCUGAGCCCAUUCCUCUGGAGCUUGACCGUAACCUUCAGGUGUUGUUUCCCUCACAGGCAGCAAAGCAAGUUGAUCUUCCUCCAGUGUUCUUCAGCAUGACACCAGAGGAACUAAAGAGAGAACAGCAAAUGAGAGCUGAGGUAAUUGAGAGAAGCCAAAUGCUAAGGACAAAAGCUAUGAGAGAGAAGGAGGAACAGCGUGAGAUGCGUAAAUACCGAUAUGCUAUCAUAAGGAUUCGGUUUCCAGAUGGCAUUCUGAUGCAGGGUACUUUCUCAGUGUAUGAGAAACUUGAAGCAGUCAAUAGGUUUGUGAGGGAAAACCUGUUUAAUGGAGAUCUUCCAUUCAUACUUACCACACCAACGGGUCUUCACUUAUGUAAUGAUGAUGCUGACAAGAGCCUCGUGGACCUUCGCUUGAUUCCUGCGACAGUCCUCACAUUCGCAUGGGAUCCCUCCAUUGUGGAAGAUGUGGGUAAUAGUGGACGGGAACUUACGUAUUUGAAACAAGAAACUAUGAUCCUUCUGCAGCAACUGUAGCUGCACAUCUGUUGUUAUCUUUUGCUCUGUUGCAUCAUUCCAUCAUUCCUAGAAAUUUAUGUAUUUAAGCAUAUAAUUUAGUAGGUUGUUGAUAUAUAUUUGGCUUUGAAAAUAAAGAUGGCAGUCAUUGUCCAUCAGUUAAUUUAGCAACAUACAGAAAUUAUACCGAUAUUUAUUUUAAUUGGAUGUUGAUGUUGUAAAUAAUAUUGAAUUUGCAAAUUUAUGUCGUGUUAUCGUCAUUUUAUCUUCUCAUUAUUGUUAACAUAUUAUAAUGUGGUUCUGCAAGUGAACAGAGCUGAUAUUAGUAAAAUUUUUGGGAAAGGGAUCAAGACUACUGAUAUGCAGUUGCAAGUACAAGACUUGUGUUAGGUUAAUUUUUCAGCAUAUUUAUAGUAUGUUGUGCUUAAUAUGUAGAUACAAAAUUAUUCCGAAAUGUUAGCAGAUGGGCCUGUUACAUCCUGGUGUCAUCACCAACAAGUUCCAAUGAACCACCAUGAAAAUUGGAAAGCUUCCAUGCAAGUUAGCUUUGUUGGAUACUGUCCUUGCCUGAAUGUAAGGCAGUGCUCAUUUUUGACAUUUUCAUUAAUUGAAAAAUAAUUUUGUCCAAUUUUAAUGCUGAGUUUGAUACAGAUGCUAGCAGUGUGAGAGAGCCUUUUGCCACAUUGUAAUAACAUUGCAUUGCAUUGUGUUUUGCACAGUGGUUGUUUCCUGCUCACAUUUAGUGACUGUGCUGUUCUGUAAUAUAUUGAACAUAUGUAAAAAUAAAAUUUGCACUAAAUAAUUUGAGUGCUUGUACUUAUGGUAGUGUAAACAUUAACAGAAGUGGAGCAAUUUUUUUGUGUUAAUAAAGUUGGCCCUUUUCCAUAUAAAUAUGGUAUAGUGGAAAGUAGGUAUGUCCAGUACUUACAUAUGAUUCAAUGUAUGAUGAUGUGAUUUAUUUCUGCCUAAUAAUAAAGUGAUGUCAGAUUCUA